UCUCUCUCCCCCACCCACUCGCCUAUUCGAGAUUCCGUUUGUACGCGACGCCACGACCUCGAAACGAUUCCCUUUCCCAUUUCCUCUUCCCCUUCCCCCUCGCCAUCCCAUCUCUCUCUCUCUCUCUCUCUCUCUCUCGUUGUUUUAUUCCGUUCCGACGAUUCGCCUCUUCAGAUCCCUUAUUCCUCUUCCUCUUCCUCUCGCUGCGUGUUUAAUUAAGCUAUACAAAAUAAAUAAAUAAAAAAAUAAAAUCUCAUUAACUCUGGCUGCGAAACCAGCGUAUUUCUUGCGACGAUGGAUUCGACGGAGCGAGUGCGGAGAUGCAAGGAGUACGUGGAAGCCCUGGAAGCAGAGCGCCGUAAGAUCCAGGUCUUCCAGCGGGAGCUGCCCCUUUGCCUGCAGCUCGUUACGCAAACGAUCGAGACGGUGAAGCAGCAGAUGGAGAGCGAAAAUGUCCGAAGCGACGAUGGGCCCGUGUUGGAGGAGUUUAUCCCGUUGAAGCCGAGCUUGUCGUCGACGUCGGAAGAGGAGAGCGCGUUACACGAGAGUAAGAAACGAGAGAGCUCCUGCGACAGGAAGCCCGACUGGCUUCAAUCCGUGCAGCUGUGGAACCAGCAUCCCGAUCUGACUUUUCCGGUGGAACCGCCGCGGAAACCGAUAGCUGUGAGUGCGAAGAAGAUUGGAGGAGCAUUUCUCCCCUUCGAGAGAGAAAAGCAAGUCCCGCUCCCUCUCUCGUCAGCGACCCCACAGAUAGUCUCUUGCAUUGCUAGCGGGAGCGGAGAAAAGGAGAAGGAGAAGGAGAAAGAGAAGGAGAAGGACAAAGAGAAGGAGAAGGAGAAGGAGAAGGAGAAGGAGAAAGAGAAGGAGAAGGAGGAGGGGCAAUCGUCACAGUCUCAUAGGAAGGCGAGACGAUGCUGGUCCCCGGAGCUCCACCGCCGCUUCCUCGACGCCCUUCGACAGCUCGGGGGAUCUCAAGCUGCGACGCCUAAACAGAUCAGGGAGCUGAUGAAGGUGGAUGGCCUCACCAAUGAUGAAGUCAAGAGCCAUUUGCAGAAAUACCGACUACACACAAGACGACCGAGCACAGGCGUGCAGAGCAGCAGCACCACUAGCCAACAACCGGCUCCUCAGUUUGUAGUGGUCGGGGGCAUAUGGGUGCCUCCGCCGGACUAUGCAGCAGCUGCGGUUGCUGCUGCAGCUGCAGCUCAACCAGCCAACACUUCUGCUUCUGCAAGUGGAGUUUACGCGCCUGUUGCGACACUACCACCCGAGUUGAGAUUUCCUCAGAAGCAGCAGCAGCAGCAGCAGCAACACCAACAGAAGCGGCAGCAGAAUAGAAGAUCAUCAAAUAGAUCACCGACAGGGCCGCUAGACGAUAACAUGAGUGCCAACGAUGAUGAUGCCGCCAAUUCUGCUUCGCCUAGCGACUCAUCCUCUUCCCAGACUACGACCGCUUCACCUCCCUUCUAACUCUUUCCUCCCUUCUAACUCUUUUGAGAGAGAACUAGAGUGUGAUUUGUUUGUUCUUUUUGUCAUAAUAUUUUUGGCUUUGCCAGCUUCGUUUGAUCUUCUUUUGUGGUAAAACACUAAGCAGGUAAAUAUAUAGCAAGAUACCUUACACAUGAUGCAAAUAUCUUCUUGUUUGUAGCAGUGUAAAAUUAAGCUGUGUAUGAGAAAGGACAUGUUGGACGAAGGAAACUCUGAGGUUGACAAUAUUUGUGACAUUUUAUCUUUAUUUGAUUUUGUUUGUUCA